GAGAAUUUCAUUAUAUAUACCCCAUCAUAGAGUAAGGUUCUUCACUUCACCUCUUGUCUACCUCUAUUUUUUCUCUCUUCUUAACCAUUCCUUAUUUCCAUGGCUCCACCCUUGACCUCCCCCACCCUUGAUCACAUAAAAAAUGAGUCCAUAUUUGAUUUAUCUAAAACAAAGUUUAAGGUUAAAGGUGUUCCUUUGUUCCAUGAUGUUCCUGAGAAUGUUUCUUUCAGCUCAUUCUCUUCUAUAUGCAAACCCUCUGAGUCAAAUGCACCACCUUCACUUCUUCAAAAGGUUCUUUCCUUUUCACACAAAGGUGGUUUCUUUGGAUUCUCUCAUGAAACCCCAUCAGAUAGAUUGAUGAAUUCUUUAGGCAGUUUCAAUGGAAAAGACUUUUUGAGUAUUUUCAGGUUCAAAACAUGGUGGUCUACUCAAUGGAUAGGAAAAUCUGGUUCUGAUUUACAAAUGGAAACUCAAUGGAUUCUCAUUGAAGUUCCUGAAACCAAAUCCUAUGUUGUAAUCAUUCCUAUAAUAGAAAAAUGUUUCAGGUCUGCACUUUUUCCUGGUUUUCAUGAUCAUGUUAUGAUUGGUGCUGAAAGUGGUUCCACAAAGGUGAAAGAAUCAGCAUUCAGUUCAAUUGCCUAUGUUCAUUUUUCUGAAAAUCCUUAUGAUUUGAUGAAAGAAGCUUAUAAUGUUAUAAGGGUUCAUCUCAAUAGUUUUAGGCUAUUGGAAGAGAAAACUGUCCCAAAUUUAGUUGAUAAGUUUGGUUGGUCCACAUGGGAUGCUUUCUAUUUGACUGUUAAUCCUAUUGGUGUUUUCCAUGGUCUUGAUGAUUUCUCGAAAGGCGGUGUCGAGUCGAGGUUUGUUAUCAUUGCUGAUGGAUGGCAAAGCAUUAGUUUUGAUGGUUGUGAUCCUAAUGAAGAUGCAAAGAAUCUUGUUCUUGGUGGUGAACAAAUGACUGGUAGACUUCAUAGGUUUGAUGAAUGUUACAAGUUUAGAAAAUAUGAAAGUGGGUUGUUAUUAGGCCCUAAUUCACCUCCUUAUGAUCCAAAGAAUUUUAGGGAUUUGAUUCUAAAGGGUAUUGAACAUGAGAAAUUGGAGCAGGAGGCUAUUUUAUCUAAGAGUUCUGAUUUAGCUGAAAUAGAGUCAAAGAUCAAGGAAGUAGUAAAGGAAAUUGAUGAUCUCUUUGGUAGAGACCAAUAUAGCAGUAUUGAAAAAAGUGAGGUGGAGAGUGAGUGUGGUUUGAAGGCUUUCACAAAGGAUUUGAGAACUAAGUUCAAAGGUUUGGAUGAUGUUUAUGUUUGGCAUGCAUUAUGUGGUGCUUGGGGUGGUGUGAGGCCAGAAACCACACACCUUAAUAGCAAAAUUGUCCCUUGCAAAACCUCACCUGGUCUUGAUGGAACAAUGGAGGAUCUUGCAGUGGUUAGGAUUGUCAAAGCUUCAAUUGGGCUAGUUCAUCCUAGUCAAGCUUAUGAACUUUAUGACUCCAUGCAUUCUUAUCUUGCUGAAUCUGGUAUCACAGGAGUCAAAGUUGAUGUCAUCCAUUCUCUUGAAUAUGUCUGUGAGGAAUAUGGAGGUAGAGUUGAUCUUGCAAAAACUUACUAUGAAGGAUUGACAAAAUCCAUUGUCAAGAACUUUAAUGGAAAUGGAAUGAUUGCUAGAAUGCAACAUUGCAAUGACUUUUUCUUUCUUGGAACAAAGCAAAUUUCUAUGGGAAGAGUUGGGGAUGAUUUUUGGUUCCAAGAUCCAAAUGGUGAUCCAAUGGGAAGUUUUUGGUUGCAAGGUGUUCACAUGAUUCAUUGUUCCUACAAUAGUUUAUGGAUGGGACAAUUGAUUCAGCCUGAUUGGGAUAUGUUCCAAUCAGAUAAUGUUUGUGCUAAAUUUCAUGCCGGUUCAAGAGCUAUUUGUGCUGGACCAGUUUAUGUGAGUGAUAAUUUUGGCUCUCAUGAUUUUGAUUUGAUUAAGAAGCUUGUGUUCCCUGAUGGUACAAUCCCAAAAUGCAUAUAUUUUCCACUUCCAACUAGAGAUUGUCUUUUCAAAAACCCUCUAUUUGACAGUAAAACUGUCCUCAAAAUUUGAAACUUCAACAAGUAUGGAGGGGUGAUUGGAGCUUUCAACUGUCAAGGGGCAGGAUGGGAUUCAAUAAUCCAGAAAUUUAGGGGCUUCCCUGGAUG